GAUAUUUCAAAUAUAUACAAUGGCAGACGAGGAGAUGUAUUUUGCUAAAUUUAAAAGUGACGAACGUAGUAGAAGAUUAGAACGUUCUAUGAAACUUUCUAUGUUGAAGAGAAGUGUAGAUUCAAUUCAUUCUGAACAAUUCAAUAAUAAUACGAAUUCACAGAAUUGGAGUUUUUCUAUGUUUUCAAAACUUUUAAGAAUAGAAGAUAAAUGUACGCCUUUUAACAACAAUCAACAAAAAAUAAUAACAGAAAACAACAAACAAAGUAUAAUAACACCAGAAAACAACAAACAAAGUAUAAUAACACCAGAAAACAACAAACAAAUAAUAACGGAAAAAAAGAGAAAAUAUAAAUCUUAUGUAUCAAAAACUGUCUCUUCGAAUGAUAAAAAAUCUCCAGAACAACAUGAUAGCUUCAAUAACAAUACAAACAAAGUAACGACAACGAAAAUGAACAAAUAUAUUUCUUAUGAACCGAUAAGUGCAGUUCCAAGUAUUAAAGAAUCUCCACAACGAAACAAUUGCUUCGAUAAGAAUGAUGCUACACCGUUAAAUGCUACUUAUAAAUAUCUUGGCCAAUCUGAAAGAAAUUCUAUAAAUAAUCCAGCAGAAAAAUCAUUUAUACGUUUUUAUAAUUGGAAAAUUCAAUUAAACCAAGAUUGUAAACUGGUUAUCAAAGGACAAUUAGAAAGCGGAGAAAUUACGUGCAGUAAACCUAUACUUAAGAGAUUAACAGCUAGAAGUAUACAGUCUAUUUGUUUAAUCGUAUAUCAUCUUGAAGGAAAUAUUGUGGAUAACGAAAAUGAAUUACCAAAAUAUGUGAGAUGCAAAUUUUACAAUGGCUUCCCAGACGAUUGGAAAAAUGUACAUUCAUUAUGGCAAUUAUUUAUACUUAAUAACCAUCAAUCUAGUUUUUGUUGGCCAACAGAUAGCGAUGAUGAUUUAAAUAGUAAAGUGAUGAUAUGCGAAGAGAAAAAAAACGAAGACAAAUCUCCUAAAUCUUCUAAUAAAAUGUGUAUUUCUGAAACGGAUCAUAGUAAAAAAAUCAAAAUUGAUAAUACAUUUACUCUUGAAACAUCUGUGCCAAGUUUAACAAAUAUACAAUUACCUAAAUUGACAACAAAAGUUCACAAUGGUAACAUUUCUAAUAAGGAAAAUCGACAGGAGGAACAUAAUAGUGUUGCAAAUAUUACUCAGUGUUUAAAUAUUCGAAAUCAGCUUGCAUUAACAGACAUUAUAAAGGAAGAUAAAGUCAAUAUCAUUGCCAAUAAUUUAAUUCAUAAAAAUUGUCCUAAAGAAUACAUUGUAAAAAUUAUACAAAUGUUUAAUUGUCUUGAAGAUGUGUUCACUUAUAAAAUAGAAUCAAACGAUGUAAGUAAAGAACCAACGACUGAUGACGAUUCUGCAUUUUAUAGCAAUUAUUUACAUAGUAAAAUAAUAUUAAGGAGGCCUUAUGUAUCAGAAUAUCAAGAGAUAUCUCCAAUUAAAAAAAGUGUUGAUCACGAUAAUAAUAAAAUAAUAAAUGGUAUAAUGAAUCCGAUCCCAAAUAAAAUUUUACAAGAACAAUCACGAAACAGUUUUCAACGAACGAAUAUAAAAGAAGAUAAAGAAGACUUUGAAAGUGAAGUUUAUGGUACACCUAAAAUUGUAUUUGAAAAAGUAUUAAAAAACAAAAAAGCAUCAUUAGAACGGGAUAAAGAAAAGAAAAUACAAUUAAUAAUGCAUUCCACUCCUAAGGAUUAUAUCAAAUCAUCAAAAAACAUGAAAAUAAAUGAUAGAUCAGCACGUCAUUCUAAUUUCAAUGAUAUUCAUAUUGAAGAUGAUACUAAAUUCUCUGUGCUUGAUGACAGAAUAAAAAAGAUCAAUAGAGCAAUUAAAUGUAAUGCAUUAGAACAACAGAAAAAUAUUAAACAAUCAAAGGCAAUAUCUGGUAGUCAAGAAUUAGUAACGUACGAAAAGAAUCAUGGUAAAGUUUAUGAUGAUCGGGAUAUCAACAUUAUUGAAGAUGAAACAUCACAAGUAGAUAAUAUGAAUCGUAUUAGAACACAUCAUAAAAGAAAAAAGAGUAAUAUUGAUGAUAAAUAUGAUAAGAACAUUUCCAAUACAAAUGUCCAAUACAAAAUUACAAAACACAGUACCAAAAAGCAAAGAAUAAUAAAUACUUUUAAUGGUAGGGAUCGUUAUUCGUGUAUUUGAUAGCAUUAAAAAAAAA